CAGACAUCAUGGCUGUCAGUAUAAAUUUGUCCGUUCCAAGAUGAACUUUCCCUCUGUGAAAAUCGCUAAAAAAAGGGUGCUUUUGUGCAUUUUUCUAUUAAGAAGGGCGAUGCUCAACAGAAAACGUUACAGGAUGUUCAGGGGAAUAAACUGAGGAUCAUAAAUUUACACUUGGAUAGAUGCCCAAAUUUAGAAAUUCUCAAAAGGACCGGGAAGGAAAUAAAUAAUUACAAUGACGUCUAGUAGGUUAGACCGAUUAUUUGUCCUGCUCGAAUCGGGCAGUUCUUCAGUGACCAGAUCAGCUGCGGCCAAGCAGCUGGGCGAAGUGCAGCGUCUCCAUCCGCACGAACUGAACACUUUAUUGUCACGCACGGCUGCCUAUCUCAGAUCGAGCAGCUGGGACACUCGAAUCGCAGCUGGCGAAGCUGUCCGAGCCAUUGUCAGCAACGUGCCUCAGUGGAACCCCAGAGGCUUGCCGGACGACGAACAGGGCAGCCCUACGACCCCGAUUAUAUCAUCUGUGGGCCGUUUGAGAUUUGAUCAGUUUGAUAUGGCGAAGGUUCUGGCCAAUAGUUCACAUCUGAUGGCAUCAGAAGGUAAAGAGUUUGAUAAUGAAGAGGAUGCAGUUUCCAAUCUGGACGCCAAAGAACGUAUGGCCAAGCAGCGCCAGUUGCUGAACAGCAAGCUGGGACUGGAUGUUGCUAUUAAAAUCGGCUUGGACACUUCGGCUUUGUUUUCCAAUGAAGACUUGUUGAUUUCAACAAAUAAAACCGAAUCUAGUGGUUUGAUAAAGAUACCCGUAAGUGAUGUGAUAAUAUGCAGUGGAAACGACGGCGGUCUGAGCUGUCGCGAAAUGAACCGAGCCAGAAGGAAGGCGCGGCAGGCGGUCAACAAGCAACAACUGCAAAAGACGCUUUCAGAAGACAAUAAUGGCGGCGACGAGCCGGAAAGAAAGAAAAUCAAGAUCGAAAUCAAAGAAGAAACUUAUCACCAGGCAGAUCCGGAUGCCGCUAGUGGCGGCGAUUGGCCUCUGGAGUGGUUCUGCGAUCAGCUGGGGCAGGAUUUGUUCAAUUCCAGUUGGGAGAGAAGGCACGGAGCUGCUACCGCUCUGAGAGAGGUUCUGUCUGUGCAUGGUCGUGGGGCGGGGAGGGCUACAUAUUUACCUAGAAAACAGAUGGAACUCUAUCAUCAAAUAUGGCUCGAAGACAUGUCCAUAAGACUGUUAUGCGUCCUGGCUUUGGACAGGUUCGGCGAUUUCGUAUCUGACGCAGUCGUAGCCCCGGUGAGAGAAACAUGCGCGCAAGCGGUCUGCGCCCUCAUCAAACUCAUGACUUCGGAAAAUUGCCUGAAAGUCAUGAACACCCUCAUACAGCUUCUGAGCCAUCAAGACUGGGAGGCCAGACAUGGAGGUUUGCUGGGUUUGAAGUAUUUGUUGGCCGUCAGAGCCGACUUGAUUGAUGAAUUGUUACCCAAAGCGUUUCCUUACAUUUUGCAAGGGUUAGCAGAUGUUGUUGAUGACGUCAGCGCUGUUGCUGCCUCAGCUCUGAUACCGAUUGCUCCAAAAUUGACUGAACUGGUUCUUGGAUCUCUACCUCAGGUAAUAAAUAAGCUGUGGGACUUGCUUUCGGAACAAGACGAGCUCGCUGCCGCUUGCAACAGUUUCAUGGGCCUGCUAGCUGCCAUUUUGAAUUUACCUCAGGCGUCAGAGCUUUUGCUCUUGCCCAACCAUCCCCCUCUCAAUGAAGUGGUACCGCGAUUGUGGCCGUUUUUAUCGCACGGUACCUCUUCUGUGCGUAAAGCCACUCUGGCCACUUUACGCACGCUGACUGAACGACGACCCGCAGAUGGCGCUGAGAUUUUGUGGGACGCUCAACUGUUGCAGGACGCGAUGCGUCACAUCUUUCAGCGCGUGUUGGUGGAACCUUUAGCGGAAGUCCGCGAAGUGGCCGAACAAGUAUGGCAAAAUUUAAUUAAAAACUCCGGCCUGGUGGAAUUACUGCACGCUGCCUGUCCAUUCAUAACCAUCUGGAUCUUUCUCGCAAUGCAACCUGCCAAACAGCCUUUCGACGCCAACUUUUUCAUCCAAGCCAAAAGUCACAAGACCGACGCCAGCCCCCAUCACCACCAAAAAUAUUAUCUGGGCGGUACAGAAACUACUCCUUUGCGCACUCGCGAAGUAAACGCUGUCAAAGUGCGUUGCCAAACGGCCAGAAUGCUCGGCUUACUGUCCAGUUACAUUGUUCGUCCAGCUCCUGGACUGGAUUAUAGUAACGGAUUGGAGAAACCGAUAGAUUGCUACGAGAAAGUGCUGCUGGUGCAUUUGAAUACCAAGUCGGCCUUGCAGCGGCUUGUUACUGGUCUAGUUAUCGCCGAAUGGGCCGAGUUGAAUACGAGCGUAGUUUGUCCUGAAGGUUUGAAGGUACGUUUACACCAGUGCCAAGAAGAGUUGCUAUAUUUCGACGAAAUCGCUCACAGUUUUACGCGUCUGGCGCAAGAAACGAGAGAUUUUCUAGCUACGCUCCGUCACUAUAAAGUGCCUAUUGUAGACGUCAACGAAGAUCAGGCCCUCACUUUGCCUCUAAUUGAGCAACUGACUGGAGCCGCAACGGAAACAAUUUUGGUCAAUUUUAAGUUGAAGUCGAAAAUUUUGGAUGGUUUGCAGGAACGCAGACGAGCUAUACAGAGUGCAGUUGUUGUUACUGCUAACGAACAAAGAUCGCUGACUAUCAGUACCAAAGCAGCCUUGUCCGGAGCGAUGGUGAUGUUCAAAGCUUUACCAGAUAAACUCAACCCUGUGAUCAAGCCACUGAUGGAUUCAAUCAAGUACGAACCUGAAGAGAAUUUUCAGCAAAUCACUGCCCGGCAUUUAGCGAUUCUAUUGGACCAGUGUCGCCAAAGGCCGCCGCCCUGUCCCAACGACAAAAUCCUGACCAACUUGUGCGCGUUUUUGCGUUGCGAUCCGGAGUUUACGCCUCAAAUUUAUCUUGAUGUAGACCAUGGAAACCAUGAAGAGACAGCCUGGACAAAAGAUAAUUACAAUGGUAUUGUGACGUUGAUAAAUCAACAGCGGAUGGCAGAAAGGAGCAUUUUUAGACGAUCAAAUAGCACUGGUAGAGGCCCUGGUAGACCCCCAACCAACGAAGUAAACGCCGAGGACGUCCUCAAAGACGACGAACCACAAAAGUUGAACCGAAUUCAACGCAGGGGCGCCACCUACGCCUUGACCUCAAUCACUCGACAUUUCGGUGCCGAGCUGCCUCAAAAAAUCCCAAAAUUAUGGGACUUAAUUGUCGGUCAGCUGACACGCACAGUGGAUCCGAAUAAUUUUUCACCAGUUCACGACCACCAAAUGGCGCAGCAGCUGGUUUGGGACUUGCAAGUACUGGAAGUGACUGCUUCGAGUGUGCACCAGGAUUUGCUUGUCGAAUUAAUGGAUCGCGUCACUCUGGAGAGGCUGUGUGUUUUGCUGGCACAUCCGUAUCGUGCUGUUCGACAUCUGAGCGCUCGUUGUUUGGCCGUAUUUGCAAAGCUGGAUUCUGUCAAGGUGAUGGAGCUGGUAGUUGAGAAGAUCCUUCCAAAACUGGGAGCAACCGACUGUGAUACUGACCGUCAGGGAGCAGUCGAAGCUAUAGCCUGCAUAGUGGACACCCUUCAGUUCAACAUAAUUCCAUUCGUGGUGCUACUAGUUGUACCCCUUCUGGGCCGAAUGUCCGAUCAGAACGUCUCCGUACGACUUAUGGGAACUCACAGUUUCGCCACACUAGUGCAACUUAUGCCCCUAGAUGGCGGGGUGCCUGAACCUCCCGCUUUGAAGGACAGCGUCUUGAACAACGAGCGCAAUAGAGAAAGAGAAUUUUUGCAGCAACUGUUGUCCCCCUCUUCUAUAAGUGACUAUGUGGUGCCAGUUCCAAUCAGAGCCGAGUUGCGCAGUUAUCAGCAGGCCGGUGUUAAUUGGCUGGCGUUUUUGAACAAGUACAAACUGCACGGGAUUCUAUGUGACGACAUGGGCCUGGGAAAGACGUUGCAAAGUAUAUGCAUAUUGGCUGGUGAUCAUUUUGAUCGAGAGCAAAAGUACAAAAGGACGAAAUCGGCUGAUUGUUCUCCUUUGCCUUCGCUGGUUGUUUGUCCGCCGACUUUGACCGGCCACUGGGUGUACGAAGUGCAAAAGUUUGUUAACCAAAAGUACCUAAGGCCGUUGCAAUACAAUGGUAAUCCUGUGGAACGUGAAAAAUUGCGCACCAAAUUCAAAAAAUACCAAUUAAUUGUCGCCUCCUAUGACAUAGUGCGCAAAGACAAUCAAUUUUUUUCUGGAAUCAAAUGGAACUACGUCAUUCUCGACGAGGGCCACGUGAUUAAAAACGGUAAAACUAGAACCAGUUUGGCCAUCAAAACGCUGACGGCCAAUCACCGACUGAUACUUAGCGGCACCCCGAUACAAAAUAACGUUCUCGAAUUAUGGAGUCUGUUCGACUUUCUAAUGCCUGGCUUUUUGGGAACUGAAAGACAGUUUACUGCUCGCUACGCCCGACCGAUUCUGGCUAGCAGAGAUGCCAAAUGUUCGGCGAAAGAUCAGGAGGCAGGCGUUCUGGCCAUGGAAUCUCUGCACCGGCAAGUUUUACCGUUUUUGUUGCGCAGAAUGAAGGAGGACGUGUUGGACGACUUGCCACCCAAGAUUACUCAAGACUAUUAUUGUGAGCUGAGUCCGUUGCAGGAAAAACUUUAUGAGGACUUUUCUAAAUCGCAAGCGCAUCAAACUUUACAGGAUUCCAUCAGUACUGGAGCCACGGCCAGUUCGAUACAAGGCAACACGCACAUAUUCCAAGCGCUGCGCUACCUUCAAAACGUCUGCAACCAUCCGAAACUGGUGCUGAAUCCGUCCCAUCCCCAAUAUCAGCAAAUCCACACCCAGCUGCAGCAGACAAAUUCGAAACUGGACGAUAUUGCGCACUCGGCCAAGUUGCCCGCCCUCAAGCAAUUGCUUACCGACUGUGGAAUCGGGCUGGCGAUAGAAAACGGCGUCGAGAUAGCGAUCAAUCAGCAUCGGGCGCUCAUUUUCUGUCAGCUAAAAGCCAUGCUGGAUAUUAUCGAGAAUGAUUUGUUGAAAAAACACAUGCCGAAUGUGACUUAUUUAAGACUGGACGGGUCUGUGCCACCCGUAAUGCGACAUUCUGUGGUUACCAGGUUUAACAAUGAUCCCUCCAUAGACGUUCUCCUUCUGACCACCCAAGUGGGCGGGCUCGGUUUGAAUCUGACUGGAGCGGACACUGUGAUUUUCGUGGAACAUGACUGGAAUCCCAUGAAAGAUUUGCAAGCCAUGGAUCGAGCCCAUCGUAUUGGGCAGCGCAAAGUCGUCAACGUUUACCGGCUUAUUACUCGGUCUACUUUGGAAGAGAAAAUUAUGGGGUUACAAAAGUUCAAAGUCCAAACCGCCAACACUGUAAUAAGCGGGGAAAACAGUCAAAUGGAGUCGAUGGGCACCGAGCAACUGUUAGAUCUGUUUUCGAAUAAGCCGAAUAUCGAUGGCAACAUCAGUUCCGGUUCGGGAUCCGCAUCGGGUUCCAACAACGGAAUGAAGGCCAUUCUCGAAUCGUUGCCGGAACUAUGGGAGCAGAAACAGUACGAGGACGAGUAUGAUUUGUCACAGUUUAUGUCCAGACUACAGCAGUAGAAGGAUGUUUAAAAAGAGAAAACCGAAAGCAAUAAAAAUAUAGCAAGAAGUGACUUUUUUCGAUGAAUAACCAAAGACAUUUUUCGAUGUAUAGUAAUUUGUAAGCAUAUACUAUUAGCAUGACUUAAAAUAUUAUAUGUAUUUACUGUUGUCAUUAUUUUAAGUGAAUCAACUUUUACAUUUUUCCAUUUUCCUCACACAUACAGUUUUGCGACUGCCAAAAGAAUAGGACUGAAAUAUGUCAAAAAAAAUUGCAAUUUUUCGUUGUGUUAUUUAGGGCCAUAUUCUCCGUAGUUCAUAAAGAUUGGCUUACUGGAAAAACUCGGCUUUGUCACACAAAAAGCCAAGUGUUUCCAUUAAGCCAGGCUUUAUGGACUACCCUUAAUUAUCAAUCAAAAGUAAAACUCGAUUAAUUCUUUCAUUUUAAAUUGCAAAAGAUCACAAAACUGUAUUUCAUUAAUUUAUUAACAUGUUCAUUUUUUUAGCUUGUAAGUGCAGAAUAUUUUUUGAGAUAAAAAUAGCUAUUUAUGCAACAAGUGUGUAAAGUAAAUCUCAUGUAAUUGUCGCACGAGUCAAAAUUUACAUUAAUGAAAAAAGGUGCUUUACACACAUAUUGCAUAGACAUUUUUUUCCACUACCAAUAAAAUAUUUAAAAAAAAAUAAAUUUGGACAAAUACACUUUACACACUACUCACUAGUGUGUUAAGUAUUUUCAUUCUACGCACUAAUGCGUUUAAUGAGUACUUUAUGCACGGAAGUGGUUUCUAUUAAUCUACAAAAAUAUUGAAACUCCAGAUUUAGUUUUUUUCGAGAUACAAACACAAUUUUCCUAUUUGUACUUAGAUUGAAACACAUUUGAAUGAUUUUUGUGUAGUUACCGCCCAAGUAAAUUUUAGUUACUAUAGGUUAUCUUUGUUCUUUCUAUGUUAAUCCUAUAAUUAAAAUAAAUUACUACAAUUUUCUUUUUAAAAACAUUUUAUUUCACACACCUUUUAUGGUUGAGAAAAGUCCCCGGACAAGUCCGAUCGUACCAGGGUCCUGGAGACUUUGCUCUGUUCCAGCAUCUCAGAUGAUUUAGGUGUGAAGAAAAUACGGGAACAGCAAUAAACCUUGGAGAUGCUUCUUCUUUACGAGACGAAUCUUUUUUUGUUCUAAGCAAGAGGGAAAGUGACAAGAGACCAAUAAUUCAUGAGAACCCUGUGGCUGAGCAAUUUAUACAACUCGUAUACAACCAUUUCAAGGUGUUUCAUGAAGAUCAAAAUCCCAUAACUGAGACAGCUAAGGUUUUGAAACUAAGUGAGACCACUGUCUAUAAAUAUAAGGAUGGUUCAGUUGAGGAGUCUGAAAUUACCCCUGUCACGCGGAAGCGUAAGAAGUUGCAGACAACUGAUUCAAGUGGAAGCGUCAAACAGACUAUUCGAUUAGAGAUAUACAAAAUGUAUACAGAGAGUCAACACAAAUUAAGAUGCUGCUAGGAUUUCUUUCAUUCCAUAAUUUAAUUUUUUAGAAUUGUUUUCUUUGCUUUUCAAUAAAGGUACCUGAGUUAUUGGAGUCUUUCAUAAGGAUAAGUAUUCAUAUUCCCCUCUUUGACGUACCUACACAGUUUGGGUUCAGAUAUUUGCAGAGCUUCUGUAACUUCUACUGCAUGCUUUAUCCUGUGUGUUGGGUUUAUUGUUUUUCAGAUGUUUAGCAUUUUGUGUUGUCAUAUUUUCUAGUGGACCUGGGUACCUCUAAACAUGGUAUCACUAUUUAAACUUCCUAUUUAAUGUAUCAUCUAAUAUUAUGCUUGUAUAAAUUAUUUAGAGGGGCAAUGUCCCAUUUGUCGCCCACCUCUUACUGUUAUUCUUCCUUUUUUAUAUUAUUUAGCAGUUUUUGGUAAAAAACCCAUUACUACACAAGUAAUUGAUUAAUAAUUAAUAGUUAAAUUUAAUUAUGCACGUCCACUUGUGUCAGUUGUCUCUUGUGUGUGAUGUUUGUACCUGCGACGAAGCAGCACUGGUUAUGACUUAAGGCCGGAAGCACUCGGCGGAUUUUCUUAAUAAAUUAUUACACAGAAUGCAUACUCCUCUCUUCUUCAAUUAUCACUCAAACUAGACUGGGUAAUUUUAGUUCAUUUUUGGGUAGUAGUCUUUUUGUUAUAGGGACUGGUGUUAAAUAGUAAUACUAAGUUACUUUGUUCAAUUACCUUUAAGAGUUACGUUAUAAUGGUGUCACCAGCAAAUUCCAUAAGAAUACACUCGGUGUCAUUAUUGACGAAAGUCUCAAAGCUAAUUGAACAAGAUAUACUAACUAAAAUCAGUAAUAUUUGCUGUUGCUACAGUACUACAAUAUUUAAACAAGCAUUUUUCGUUUUUAGAAUUGCAUAUGUUACCCUUAAGACUGUAAGUGAUAGGCUGAAAAAAAGUGAAAUUUAUUACGGUUCCCAGUCAAGUUUAGGCAGGGUUUUGCUCACGUUAGGAUUUACCUUUAGAAAGGAUGAUCCAAGAAGAGCCCUCAUGGAAAAGCCUGAUGUAAGCCACAUGAGAAGAGUUUUUGGGUAGAAAUUUUAGUACUGUAUAAUUUUAUUACUGGAAAAUUUGAGUAGAAAUUUUAGUACUGUAUAAUUUUAUUAAUGGAAAAUUUGAGUAGAAAUUUUAGUACUGUAUAUUAUUAUUGGAAAAAAUUUGGGUUCAUUUAUUUAAAAUUAAAUAUGUAUAAUAUGUGUGGAA